UCAGGACACCGAGCAGAGACCGGUGAUCAGUGUUAGUCUGUACCGGAAGGACCGGCACCGGCACCGGCACCGGCACCGGACCGACAGGGUCUGGAGCCGAACCCGAACCCUGUGAUCUGGACCGGAAAAAGCAGUCAUGGAGCAGCAGUGUGCUCAGGUGGACGGUCAGCUGGAGUGUGUGGUCAGCAGUCAGGGGUCAGAGGUCAGUGUGUGUGAUGUGGAUGGUCAGCUGGAGCGUGUCGUCAGCGGUCAGGGGUCAGAGGUCAGUGUGGUGGACGUGGCUCUGGAACUCAGUAAACCGGCAACACUAAGGAAGAACGUCACCUACAUCGUAUGUGCUGUUAUCUUCAACCACAAGGAGGAGGUGCUGAUGGUGCAGGAGGCCAAACAGGACUGUUAUAAGCAGUGGUACCUGCCAGCAGGACGGGUGGAGGUGGGGGAGAGUCUGGAGGAGGCACUGAGGAGGGAGGUGAAGGAGGAGGCGGGCUUCGACUGUGAACCAAUCACGUUGCUGCUGAUCCAGGAACAGGGCCCUCAGUGGAUCCGCUUCAUCUUCCUGGCCAAGGUCACAGGUGGCAGUCUGAAGGCUCUGGCGGCGGCAGACCAGGAGUCCCUGCAGGCGUCCUGGUGGGACAGACAGAGCACGCUCCCUCUGAGAGGACGGGACAUCCUGCGCCUCAUCGACUGUGGACUCAGGUACAGUCGGGAACCCUGGCAUCCAGUGACACUGCCCCUGGACCUGAGCUGUCGUCAUGUGGUUCUGAGGAUGGUCCUGGUCUACACCAACACCCAGGACCAGAUCUGGGUCCUGCUCAUCAGAGUCCCUGUCCUCCACCUCCCCGUGGCGGCAGCGGUGAAGACCCACGCGGUGACGUGGGUGGCCAACAUGGUGGUGCAGGAGGCGCUGCCGUCUUCGUACUACGACCACGACGUCAACACGCUGGGCGUGUUCAGCCUGCAGCACAGUGGGCGGGAACACGGCAAGACGGACGGCGUGUGCUUCAAUGCGCUGGUGGCGCUGGUUCCGGACUAUGUCCAACGAAACGAGGACGGAGAGAAGGAGGAGCACACGCCGACGGGACGACCUCCGCCUGUGGAAAACCCCCGAUACGUCUGGUACGAAGUCCAGAAACAGAGUCUGAGAGAACAACUGCACGAGAAGAUUAGAAGAACCAGGAUUUUACCGCUGCACAGCCUGUUCUGACCAAUGAGAGGACAGGAAACACACACACAGCCUGUUCUGACCAAUGAGAGGACAGGAAACACACACACAGCCUGUUCUGACCAAUGAGAGGACAGGAAACACACACACAGCCUGUUCUGACCAAUGAGAGGACAG